UGUUCUCUGAAGGAUGUGUUCACUUAUAUUCACAAAAUCAACAGAACAUGUUAUUUGACCAGAGGCACCACGCUACUGCCUGUGACUGCACACUCAUAUAUAACGCUCAUCAAACUCUGUAUAAACAGCUUUGCUGUGUGUGGUCACUCUGCUGUGUGGUUAAUCUCUUGUGACAAAUUUGCCUGAGAUAACAAAUAAAUCAUUUGCGGUUCUGGCAGGCAUUUGACCAACAGAUGAAUUAUAGAUUUCCACUUAGGUGAAACUCAAUCUCUCCACUCCUCUCGCUCUCUUUGCUUUCGUUGACGACCCCAAAACAUUCACUCGCAUGCUUACGCACACACCUGACCCCCCGCAGUGUCCCAGCAUGCAGCAGGAGCUGUGGCUGAGGGCCCAGUCUCAGGUGCUUGCCUCUUUGAAAGCAGCCUGUGCCAUGAGAGCGGCCGCCUCACACCCGCUGCCUACGCCCCCGUCGCCACACGAUCUCAAACGAGCUCUGUCCGGCAGCGAUGGCCCCGGCCAGGCUCACAGCAUUCCCAACUCACCCAGACCAGCACACCUCAGGACCCGCACGUCCAACAACACGUUCAACAACAGCCCUGUGUUUCCACAUAACAGAGAAAAUGCAGACAAGCACAACACAGGUGAGGGUCCCUGGAACCCAAACAACCCAGUGAAGGCUUCUAGAAGCCACCAGGAACUCCACAGAGAGCUGCUGCUGGCCCACAAGAAGGGGCUGGUAGUGUGCUGUAAACCUGAGCUCCAGAUGGUCCUGGAGAGGCGGAAGAGGGAGCAGGCACAGAGAGAGGAGGGUGAGAGGGACAGGAGUCCUCUGGAGCAGGUCCUGCUCAAACGUCAGCAGAAGCACCAGGAGAGGGAGAAGGAACAGGAGGAGAAGAUUCGUGACGAGAUUCAGCUUCUGGAGUUCAUCAGAGUGAGACAGAACUUGAGAAAAGUCCAUUCGGCUCUACACAAGAACAUCAACUCCUGAAGCUCGUCGACAGCAGAAGCUGGCUGUGACUGGACAAACAGAAUGGACAUGCAACAGCCACUUCACACUGGCAGAAGAGGGUGUUUCAUGCUCUGCCUGCCGCUGUAAUUAUUUAGCUGGAAACCUUGUUUGUGGCUUGCAUACGUUUAUCUAUGUGUUAGUCAAUCAGUAUCAGUUUAAAAUACUCCACUACCAUCUGUCAGUCUUUGUGUUGGUAAUAAUAUGAUCAGCUUAAUACAAUAAAGUAGUAUGUCUUAAGUAUG